UUACAGUAGAUAAGUAACCGGAUCUACACUUGAGGUCGAGACCGGGAGGGUCGGGAGCUUUCCCGAAGGGCUUUCCAGGGGAAGCUCAGGAGGGUCAGGGACCCAGGGCUUGGCCGCCUCCUGCCUGGGUGACCGGCAGACGGGUGGUAGCGCGCGCCCUUCCCGAAGGUUCCCUGGCCCCAGCGCCCGCCCCGGCCACCCCCGGGGCUCGCCCCUCGCCGGGAGCAGGGGGCAGGCAGGACCCCACGUUCGGGGGCACUCCGCGCGCGCUCCCGGGACAGGAGGGGCCCACUUGUUAUCAGCAGCAGAAUCUGAGGCCGAGAGGGAUUAGAGCGCAUCUCCCGGGACCACCCCCGGCAUUUUACAAAUAAGGAAACUAAGGCGGGCGAAAGGAAGCCAUUUGGCCAAGACCGAGAGCCAAAGGAGCAGGAGGCUGCGCGGCGAGUCGGCGCCCCCAAGCGCGCGGGCGACCCGGCCCGGACACGACUGGCCGCCGAGGCUCAGACGCUGGGGCCCGAGGGCGGGCGGGCUGGGCCCUGCGCUGGCCCCCGCGGCCCGGGACGCAGGGGGGAGCUGGAAGCAUAGCGGGACUCUCCCUCUCGGCCCCUGUUGCCGUCUCCCGUUGGGUAAAAAGUUGGGAGGAGCUUUCUUUAGCGGACUCGUAGUAAAGGCCCCCUCGCUCCCGACUCGCUCCUCCCCCAGACUCCCACCCACAGCCCCCUUCCCCCGAGCUCCUCUUCCGGCCCUGGCCCUCCGCUCCCACCCCCACCCCAGGGGACAGAACUUCUCUCCUCCUUUCUUCUCCCAGCUCCUCCCCAACUUCAACCACCCCGCACUCCAGCUCCAGCUCCACCCCCCCCAGCCCUGGCCCCACCUCCCGCUCUUCUUUGCACCUCUAGACUCCAUCUUCCUUCCCCUCCCCCCCCAUCAAGCCCCUGGGGUGCAAGAGGGGCGAGGGCCGAGGCCCUCGGUGUCCCCCAGCUUCUGCCUCCCCCCGCCCCUUCGCCCGCUGGCCUCCUCCCCUCGGGACCCCCCUCCGGCCCGGCCCUCCGCAGGCCCCUCCCCCAGCCCCAAUCCCGGGCCGGCCCCCUCCCGCUCCCCUCCCGCUGCCCUCUCUCUGGCUCCCCGCUCCGCUCUCGCUAGCUCGCUCCCGGCUCGCUCUGCUCGGCUGCAGCUGCAGCGGGGCCGGCCCAGGGGUUGCGAGUUGGCGGACAGUCUGGGACGACCUCGCCCAGGGUUCCCGGGCCAAAGUCCCCAGUCCCCGCGGAUGAAGCUGAUGGAGCGGAUCCCGAAGCCCGUGGGUGCCUAGAGGUGGCAGGGACCCGGCGGGCAGGCCCCCACCCUGCGCGCCCCCAGGAGCCCAGCUGGAGAGCACUGGUCACCGGCGCAGGGGGUGAGCGAGGGCACAUUCCGCCUCCUCCCCCGUCGGCCCCCGGCCCCCGGAUGCUACGUGUGUUUGGGGACGCUGCCCCGUCUGAAGGUCGGCUCCGGGUCCUGCAGCACAGGGGCUGAAGGGGCCCUCGCCUCUCAAGGUUGGAGGUCACAGCUUGCUGCCAAGGAUGAGGUCCAGCCGGCGCUCUGGCGUGUCCUUGGCCAUCAGCCCCUUGGGUCUCCUCAUGGCCCUGCUUCUGGGCUGCCUGGCUGAAGAAUCCCCCAGAUUCAUCAAGGAGCCCCGGGAUCAGAUUGGGGUAUCAGGUGGUGUGGCUUCCUUCGUUUGCCAAGCCACUGGAGAUCCCAAGCCACGGGUGACUUGGAACAAGAAAGGCAAGAAGGUGAACUCCCAGCGGUUUGAGACUAUCGAGUUUGAUGAGAGUGCCGGCGCGGUGCUUCGGAUCCAGCCCCUGCGGACACCCCGGGAUGAGAACGUGUAUGAAUGCGUGGCACAGAAUCCCAUCGGGGAGAUCACCGUGCAUGCAAAGCUCACUGUCCUCCGAGAGGACCAGCUGCCCCCUGGCUUUCCCAACAUUGACAUGAGCCCCCAGCUGAAGGUGGUGGAGCGCACAAAAACCGCCACCAUGCUCUGUGCGGCCAGCGGGAACCCAGACCCCGAGAUCACCUGGUUCAAAGACUUCCUCCCGGUGGACCCAAGCACCAGCAAUGGCAGGAUCAAGCAGCUGAGAUCAGGUGCCCUGCAGAUCGAGAGCAGCGAGGAGACGGACCAAGGAAAAUACGAGUGCGUGGCCAACAACAGCGCGGGAGUGCGCUACUCGUCCCCCGCUAACCUUUACGUGAGAGAGCUACGAGAAGUACGCCGCGUGGCCCCCCGUUUCUCCAUCCUGCCUGUCAGCCACGAGAUCAUGCCUGGAGGCAACGUCAACAUCACCUGUGUGGCCGUGGGCUCCCCCAUGCCCUAUGUCAAGUGGAUGCAGGGGGCUGAGGACCUGACCCCCGAGGACGACAUGCCUGUUGGGCGUAAUGUCCUGGAGCUCACUGACGUCAAAGACUCGGCCAACUAUACGUGCGUGGCCAUGUCCAGCCUGGGCGUCAUCGAGGCCGUGGCACAGAUCACGGUGAAGUCCCUCCCCAAGGCCCCCGGAACCCCAGUAGUGACUGAGAACACAGCCACCAGCAUCACCAUCACCUGGGACUCAGGCAACCCCGACCCCGUGUCCUAUUAUGUCAUUGAGUACAAGUCCAAGAGCCAGGAUGGCCCUUACCAGAUCAAGGAGGACAUCACUACGACCCGCUACAGCAUCGGGGGCCUCAGCCCCAACUCAGAGUACGAGAUCUGGGUGUCGGCCGUCAACACCAUCGGGCAGGGCCCCCCCAGUGAGUCGGUGGUGACCCGCACCGGGGAACAGGCCCCCGCCAGCGCGCCGCGCAACGUGCAGGGCCGCAUGCUCAGCGCCACCACCAUGAUCAUCCAGUGGGAGGAGCCCGUUGAGCCCAACGGCCUGAUCCGGGGCUACCGGGUCUACUACACCAUGGAGCCCGACCACCCUGUGGGGAAUUGGCAGAAGCACAACGUGGAUGACAGCCUCCUGACUACUGUGGGAAGUCUGCUGGAGGACGAGACCUACACCGUCCGAGUCCUGGCCUUCACCUCCGUGGGGGAUGGACCCCUCUCGGACCCCAUCCAGGUCAAAACACAGCAAGGAGUGCCCGGACAGCCCAUGAACUUCCGGGCAGAAGCUAAGUCCGAGACCAGCAUCAGCCUGACCUGGAGCGCCCCCCGGCAAGAGAGUAUAGUGAUGUAUGAGCUGCUCUACCGGGAAGGAGACCAUGGCAAAGAGGUAGGGAAAAACUUUGGCCCCACAACCUGGUUCGUGGUGGAGGACCUGAAGCCCAAUACGGAGUACACCUUCCGCCUGGCAGCCCGCUCCGCACAAGGCCUGGGGGCCUUCACCUCGGAGGUCAGGCAGCGCACUCUCCAGUCUAAACCGUCCGCCCCCCCUCAAGACGUAAAAUGCGUCAGCACCAGAUCCACGGCCAUUCUGGUAAGUUGGCGCCCGCCGCCCGCCGAGAGCCAAAAUGGUGACCUAGCGGGCUACAGCGUGCGCUACCGAGCCCUGGACUCUGAGGACCCGCACCCCCGGGAGGUGAAGCAGAUCCCCCCCAGCACCACACAGAUCCUCCUGGAGUCCCUGGAGAAGUGGACUGAGUACCGCAUCACCGCGGUGGCCCACACGGCCGUGGGACCAGGGCCCGAGAGCUCGCCCAUCAUCAUCCGCACCGACGAAGACGUGCCCAGUGCGCCCCCUCGGAAGGUGGAGGUGGAGGUGCUGAACUCCACAGCCAUCAAAGUGCUGUGGCGCUCGCCUGUCCCCAGCCGGCAGCACGGACAGAUCCGAGGUUACCAGGUCCACUACGUCCGCAUGGAGAACGGCGAGGCUAAGGGACUGCCCCAGAUCAAAGACGUCAUGCUGGCCGAUGCCCAGUGGGAAACAGAUGAUACCGCUGAAUACGAGAUGGUCAUCGACAAGCUGCAGCCUGAGACCUCGUACUCUGUCACGGUGGCAGCGUACACUAUGAAAGGGGAUGGUGCACGCAGCAAACCCAAGCUGGUGGUGACCAAGGGGACAGUCCUGGGCAAGCCCAGCCUCUCCAUACACCAGAGCCUGGACAACAGCUUGCAGGUGCGCUGGGAGCCAGCCCCGGGGUCCGAGGGCCAGGUCCUGGGCUACCGGCUGCAGUUUGGCCGGAAGGACGUGUCCCCCUUAGCCACCCUGGAGUUCCCGGCCUCGGAGGACCAAUACACAGCCACCAGCAUCCACAAGGGGGCCACGUACGUGUUCAGACUGGCUGCCAAGAGCCGGGCGGGCUUCGGGGAGGAGGCGGCCCAGGAGCUCAGCAUCCCCGAGGACGUGCCGCAGGGCUACCCGCACAUCCUGGAGGCCGGCAACGUGUCGGCCGCCUCGGUGCAGUUCCGCUGGCUGCCCCCCGUGCCGGCCGAGAGGAACGGGGCCAUCGUCAAGUACACCGUGGCCUUCCGCGAGGCCGGCUCGGCGGGGCCGCCCGUGGAGACGGAGCUUCCCGCGUCCCCGGAGAACUCGUUCACCCUGCACGGCCUCAAGCCCAACACAGCCUAUGAUGUUAAAAUCCGGGCCCACACGAGCCAGGGCCCCGGGCCCUACAGCCCCACUGUCCGCUAUCGGACGUUCCUCCCGGACCAAGUCUCCCCCAAGAACUUCAAGGUGAAGAUGGUGAUGAAGACCUCGGUCUUGCUGAGCUGGGAGUUCCCUGAGAACUAUAAUUCCCACACCCCGUACAAGAUCCAGUACAACGGGCUCAACAUCGACGUGGACGGCCGCACCACCAAGAAGCUCAUCACCAACCUCAAGCCGAGCACCUUCUACAACUUUGUGCUGACCAACCGCGGGAACAGCAUGGGCGGCCUGCAGCAGACCGUCACCGCCUGGACGGCCUUCAACAUGCUGAGCUCCAAACCCGCCAUCGCCCACAAGCCGGAGGCCGACGGCCGGGUGCUGGUGCAGCUCCCCGACGGCCAGAGCCCCGUGCCCGUCCAGAGCUACUUCAUUGUGGUGGUGCCCUUACGGAAGACUCGGGGGGGCCAGUUCCUGAAUCCCCCAGCAAGCCCCGAGGACAUGGACCUCGAAGAGCUGAUCCAGGACAUCUCACGGUUGCACCGGAGGAGCCUACGCCAUUCCCGCCAGCUGGACUCCCCCAAGCCCUACAUUGCUGCCCGCUUCUACUCCCUGCCCUCCCGCUUCGAACUGGGGGACCAGAGACAUUACAGCGGCUUUGACAACAAAGGCCUCGAAGCCGGCCAGAGAUACGUCUUCUUCGUCCUGGCGGUGCUGCAGAAGACAGAGCCCACCUUCGCGGCCAGCCCUUUCUCCGACCCCAUCCAGCUGGACAAUCCUGACCCGCAGCCUAUCAUCGAUGGGGAGGAGGGCCUCAUCUGGGUCAUUGGGCCCGUUCUGGCCGUAGUCUUCAUCAUCUGCAUCGUCAUCGCCAUCCUGCUCUAUAAGAACAAACGCAAGGACUCGGAGCCGCGCACCAAAUGCCUGCUGAACAACGCCGACCUGGCUCCUCACCAUCCCAAGGACCCGGUGGAGAUGAGACGCAUCAACUUCCAGACACCAGAUUCUGGCCUCAGCAGCCCCCUCAGUGACCCCGAGUUUCACUUUGAAAGUAUGCUCAGCCACCCUCCAAUCCCUAUCACCGAGAUGGCUGAGCACACUGAGCACCUCAAAGCAAACGACAACCUGAAGUUAUCUCAGGAGUAUGAGUCUAUUGACCCUGGACAGCAGUUCACAUGGGAACAUUCUAACUUGGAGGUGAAUAAACCGAAGAAUCGUUACGCCAAUGUCAUAGCUUACGACCACUCGCGGGUCAUCCUUCUCCCCAUGGAAGGCAUCGUGGGCAGCGAUUACAUCAACGCCAACUACAUAGACGGCUACCGAAAGCAGAACGCGUACAUCGCCACGCAGGGGCCGCUGCCCGAGACCUUCGGCGACUUCUGGCGCAUGGUGUGGGAGCAGCGCUCGGCCACCGUCGUCAUGAUGACCAAGCUGGAGGAGAAGUCACGGAUCAAGUGUGACCAGUACUGGCCUGGCCGGGGCACCGAGACCUACGGGGUGAUCCAGGUCACGCUGCUGGACACGAUCGAGCUGGCCACGUUCUGCGUCCGGACCUUCUCCCUGCACAAGAACGGCUCCAGCGAGAAGCGGGAAGUGCGCCAGUUCCAGUUCACAGCGUGGCCGGAUCACGGUGUCCCGGAGUACCCGACGCCCUUCCUGGCUUUCUUGAGAAGGGUGAAGACCUGCAACCCUCCCGACGCGGGCCCCAUUGUGGUGCACUGCAGCGCGGGCGUGGGCCGGACGGGCUGCUUCAUCGUGAUAGAUGCCAUGCUGGAGCGCAUCAAGCCCGAGAAGACCGUGGACAUCUACGGGCACGUGACCCUCAUGCGCUCACAGCGAAACUACAUGGUCCAGACCGAGGACCAGUACAGCUUCAUCCACGACGCCCUUCUGGAGGCCGUUGCCUGUGGCAACACGGAGGUGCCCGCCCGCAACCUCUACUCAUACAUCCAGAAGCUGGCCCAGGUGGAGACGGGCGAGCACGUCACGGGCAUGGAGCUGGAGUUCAAGAGGCUCGCCAACUCCAAGGCCCACACCUCGCGCUUCAUCAGUGCCAACCUUCCCUGCAACAAGUUCAAGAACCGCCUGGUGAACAUCAUGCCCUACGAGAGCACGCGCGUCUGCCUGCAGCCCAUCCGCGGCGUGGAGGGCUCCGACUACAUCAACGCCAGCUUCAUCGACGGCUACCGGCAGCAGAAGGCCUACAUCGCCACGCAGGGGCCGCUGGCUGAGACCACCGAGGACUUCUGGCGGAUGCUGUGGGAGAACAACUCCACCAUCGUGGUGAUGCUGACCAAGCUGCGCGAGAUGGGCCGGGAGAAGUGUCACCAGUACUGGCCGGCAGAACGGUCGGCUCGCUACCAGUACUUCGUGGUGGACCCCAUGGCCGAGUACAACAUGCCCCAGUACAUCCUGCGCGAGUUCAAGGUCACUGACGCCCGGGACGGCCAGUCCCGGACGGUCCGCCAGUUCCAGUUCACAGACUGGCCAGAGCAAGGCGUGCCAAAGUCGGGCGAGGGCUUCAUCGACUUCAUUGGCCAAGUGCACAAAACCAAGGAGCAGUUCGGCCAGGACGGGCCCAUCUCUGUCCACUGCAGCGCUGGCGUGGGCAGGACCGGGGUCUUCAUCACACUCAGCAUCGUGCUGGAGAGGAUGCGCUAUGAGGGAGUGGUGGACAUCUUCCAGACAGUGAAGAUGCUGCGGACACAGCGGCCGGCCAUGGUGCAGACGGAGGACGAGUACCAGUUCUGCUACCAGGCCGCCCUCGAGUACCUUGGAAGCUUCGACCACUAUGCAACAUAAAAAGCCAUCCCUCCCCCCGCCAGCUCCACGGACCCCCGGACGCCACAGACGCUCCUCCUUCCUCCCAGUGGAAGGAGCCUCGGACCCAUCACCACAAACCGAACCCAACAAGUACCUUUUCAUUUGGAGGCCACAGCGGGGAGUGUGGGGGAGGGGUGGGCUGGGGCCUCACUCUGGGCCAUCACGGCAUGAACUCAAGGAGCGUGAGCCAGGGCUGGUCUGUGCCGGGGGCUCGAUACCUCAAGUCAGCUCUGGCCCCCAGGUCACCUUGCCCCUCCCCAGCCCCCCAGUCUGGGGAGGGGCAUAGUCGCUUGGGUCCCAUCCUUAAGAGUUUGGUUUCUUUGUUAAUCCUGUUGGCCAUUUUUAGGGGAAGCCAUCCCCCCACGCCCCCCACCCCCUACCAUCCAUGCACGCAGAGCCCCGCACCGCAGUCCUGAGCCAAUGACCACAGUGAGGAGACGCCUCCAGUGCCCGGCACUGGGGGAGGGAUGGAGAGUCACUGGACGGUCUCUGCCCAGAAUGGGGAAGGAAGGCUGCCCAGGGGUCCUCCCCAACCAGGACCCAGCUGGGGGGCUGAGCGCUCCCUGGAGUGCUGGGGCCAGAUCACCUUUUGAAUACUUGGAACAUUCCUUAUUUCUUUUUUGAUUCCAAAAAAUGUUACUUCUGCAAAGAUGGAGAAAAAGACAAAGGGGGAUGGCGCAGCUUGGCAACUGGCUUUCCUGCCUGUUGGAUUUUGGGGAGGGGGAUGGGGGGCCUGGCUCGUCUGGCCCACCCCUCCCCAACUCGGGCAAACCCUCUCCUCCCCGCCCCCACCGCGGCCUUGGGACAGAGCUGGCCACAGACUCACGGCUGCGGACUGAAAGGAACCUUGGGAUCCAGCCUUUGCAGGCGAGGAAACAGAGGGCCGGCGGCCCUGUCCUGGCCAGGUUUGGGUCUGAGCCCCGAAGCCUGCGCAGGCCCCCCACGCCGCCGCUCUGCCCCCUCCCCUCGGGGCAGCCAGGGGCCUCAGAACGCUGGCCCACCUCCUCGGCCGCCGGACCACCGGAAAGAGCGGAGCCUCAGCCCUGCGCUGUGAGCGGCUUUCUUCAAAGUAUCGAUGUAACUGUAACCAGUGACAUUACCGUUUUUUUUUUAAAUAGUGUAUUUUUUCCUUUUUUAAAAAAACUGACAGAAUAUGAGUCAAUGAAUUUAAAAGAAAAUUUGCUUAUUCAUAUUACGUUCAAAGACAGUCUAUUUUUUCACGGUAGAAACGUUCUGUGUACUGGCUGUGAUCAUAUACGAGAUUACGUGCGAAUUGCUACUUCUACAUACGCUUUUCUACCAUUGGAAAGGUUCGACCGCUCAUGUAAGAACGAACUGUCCUUGCUUUGUUUUUAAAUCCUAUCUCAGACAUAUCAGACAUGGUUCCAGGUGCGGGGGGGCCGGGGAAGGCCGGCCACAGCCCCCCCCCGCCGGGACCAGGCGCCUCCCACCAGAAAACCCCGGGCAGUGCCCCGGGCGGCGGCCGGGAGGGGAAAAGGGGACCGCGGGCGCCGACCGUGUUGCCAAAGUGCAGAGGCGAGAGGAACACACGCCCUGCCCCGGAGGGGGCGGCCUCCCUCUGCCCCGGGGAGACGGGCCCUCCCUGCGGGAAGGGGCGCGCGCGUGCGCACACACUCAAACAUGGACACGCACAAACGCGCGCACACCCCCGCCUCCUGCGCUCACCGGGGAGGGACUGGACCGCCCCUCAAAGGCUGUGAGAACUAUCGCCGGCCGGGGAGACCAGGGGAACGCCGAGGGCGGGCGCCCCCAGACCCGUUUUUUCUCUUUGUACGAGAGCAGAGACGCUGUCCGUUUCCCACUGUUACUUCAAACUGAAACUGUAAGUGGUUUUCCUGCCACUGUGUAUGUAGAUAUAUCAACUUUGUAUUAAAGGAAGAUUGUCUGAAA